AUGUCUGCGGAUGCUGUUGUAUCGGCUUUCAAAAUAAUACUCGAUGGUGGAUGUGAGCCGGUAUUCAAAGGAGGUGAAGUGCUCACGGGGAGAAUUUGUAUAGAACUGCGUUCUUCCAUUGUCAUCAAUGCUGUGAAACUCCAGUUGAAAGGACGUGCGAGCUGGCUGAACGAUCCUAUCAAAAAAGACAACAUAGAACAGGUCUACUUCGAUCAGGACUUCACACUUCUUGAGCGGCCACCUGGGAAGACGGAGGCAGGCCAUUUCACCUGGAUUGGUGGAUUUCCUUACAGUCUUCCUUUCGAAUGUCCUCUUCCGAAGGGAUGUCCGACAUCUUAUGAAGGGCCCUACGCGUUCAUUCGAUAUUUUAUCAAAGCCACUUUGGUGCAUGAAGAGGUUGAUGGUAAGACGAAAGAAUAUUACGUGAAAAAAGCUUUUUCCAUUGUAUCUCCAUCAAAUGAGCAUAUUGUGGAAGGAGAAUCUUUUACUGUUAAAGACACUGUGGGUUAUGGAAAAUGUUGCUGUAAGGGAAAGUUGAUGGCUGAGUUGUCGCUGCCCAAGACUGGCUACUUACCUGGCGAGAUGGUGACUGGAAGCCUAAAAAUAAGCAACAAGUACCCAAAAGAUAUGUUGCAGCAUGUGGAAGUGCGACUCGUGGACAGAGUUCUUUGUACUGGAGGCGGUGAGAAGGAGUCUACCUCUCCAUAUCGAACUCUUUACUUCAGAAAACUUGAAAUAACCGAAUCCGUGAGAGGAUAUGGAAAGUUUGAGAAUGACGACUUUUAUAUGUUAACGAUCCCUUCAGUUUGUCCCACAACAAAAGGAGAUUAUUUCAUGAAUAAGGAACUUUAUAUCCUAUCUCCUGAUGUUGUAGCAGAUAGUCCGUCUGCUGCAACUGCAGUGCAACGAAAGCAACCGUUCAUUAGGGUAGAGUAUGCUCUUCAGCUUUCACUAGGAAACAUUGUUCUUCUUGAAGCACCCAUAACAGUUGGAGAGUUAUCUACGUAUGACUCAAAAAACGUUUUGAAGCCAUUUGUUGCCGGACCACAACCAAUUGAGGAAGUAGACGAGACGCAAAAAGUUGCUAUUGGAGGACCGUUUAUGUACACUCCUGUGUACUCAAUGAAGUUGCAUCCAUCGAACGAGGGUUUCGACAAGCAAGGAUGUACAAAGGCUGAGAAACGUUCGUUUGAACGAAAAGAGCUGAUAUGCCGUGCUACUUCCAUGAGCGACGAGUCCUCGGACGUUGGUGUUGUUGAGGUCGACGUUUCGCCAAAUAUAUCGCAUUGGACGGACAGAGCCGCACACGCCUUCAAUUCGAGCACAAAUAGAACUGGAGGUGAUGCAGAAAGUGGUGGUUUCGCAAAGAGUCGCAAAGAAACCACAUUGGUCACAGAGAUAACGAAGGAUGUUGGCAGAAAUGUAAUCCGAACAACUACCAAAACAAAACAUCUUGAUGGUAGUGAAUCGACAAUGCACUUUCUCGACAUUCGUCAGGAUGCCGCAUUCCCCGAACGAUCAAGUCUACUGUAUAUCAACGUCUUGGAUUCGCAAAAGAGUCGAAAUCGUGAGCCGCCGUCACCCUGUUUUCGGAGCGGGCCCAAUCACUGGUCUAGAGACUGCACAUUCGUGAAGAAGAGAUGCCACGACGGCAGACGCUCUGGACACAAGCGAGGAUUCUGCAAAAAUUAUCCGAAAAAGGAGCGGAAUCAGAAGCAGAAGCGGAAAUCUGCCAACAGCGUCACCACCGCUUCGCCCCAUGCUGACGUCGCUGUAAAGCGCAUUUACCAUAGAGUACAAAUGGAUGGGAAGACAGUACGCGUGCGUCUUGAUACUAGAGCAGAUGUAACAUUGCUGAGGACAGCAGACUGGACCGCCAUGGGUCGACCGAAGGUGCAAUCACCCCGUCUGACACUGAAGUUUGCCAAUAACGAACCGGUCAACGUUCGGGGACGCUACGAAUACAACAUCAUCAUUGAUGUUCAUCGAGGACAUGACUACUCAGCCGGACUGAACGAUGCACUGGAACAAAACCAGCAUCCGCUUCCAACCUCAAAAGACACUUUCACGAAACUCAACGGAGGACGCUACUUUUCGACACAGCUCGACUUAGCCGAAGCAUAUCUCCAAUUGGAAGUGAACGACGUCUCAAAGCAGCUACUCACUAUCAACACGCACCAUGGACUGUAUCGCUUCAACCGACUACCAUUUGAUAGAACUGCCGCCUAUCUCGACGACAUAUUGGUUACUGGUAGAAUCAUCGGCAAACACAAUGCCGGACUAGAGACCGUACUCAAGCGAAUUCAAGACUACGGAUUCCGUGUUCGACUCGACAAAUGUGCUUUCCUGCAGACGGAGAUCACCUACCUUAGGAUCAAGAUACCCCCUCCGAAGGACGUCAGUCAACUUCGCUCUUUUUUGGGACUCAUCGAUUUCUACGGAAAAUUCGUCAAGGAUAUCCACAAUCUACGCGCUCCUUUGGACCCUCUUACAAGAAAGGAUGUUGUCUACACAUGGACACCGGAGUGCCAGUCUUUUUUCGACAAGAUUAAAGCAAUUCUAAGCUCGAAUCUCCUGUUGACCCACUUUGACCCAAGUCUCCCAAUCAACGUUGCCGCUGAUGCUUCAAAUUACGGAAUGGGAGCAACCCUCUCACAUCGCUUCGCAGAUGGAUGCGAGAAGCACUACAAAGCUUAUCCAGACCAAACAAGGAUGAAAAUGCUUGCAAGAAGUAUAUUGGCCUACGUGGAUUCGGACAUCGAAAAACUCGUCAAGACCUGCCCGAGCCCCGUGGCAAAGGAUCCGAUCAAAGCUGAACUACAUUCAUGGCGGAACCACCCUCGAAUUCAUGCUGAUUUCGCCGGACCGAUGGAAGGAUGA